AGUUCCUGAGUAUGCAAGAGGUGCAGAAGGCGUAGACGUCUGCAGCGAGACGCGCGAGGAUCAGGCAACAGGGACGGGAUGGGAUCGCUAAGCGCACCUAGUCGGGCGCGCGUUGACAAUGGUACCCUCUCCAAUUGAUCACAAAUCCGCCUUCGAGGGCCUGCGCUGCAGACGUGCGACAGCUCCCGCUCAAUACCACUCUGUAUCAAGGGCCGUGCUGCGCGUCUAUACCGGCAGGUGCAAGCAUAUCGCAACAGCGCAUCUCAAGAGCUCCAAAAAGGGAUGCCCUUACUGCAGUGCAGCUUUGUCGCGCGCAGACGGUGUGGUUCGUCACGUCCGAACCGCCUGCUCAAAGGCGCCCAGACGUGAGGAACUUGCAAGGGCGUGUCGAACUGCUAGGCGAGAAAUGAUGGUGAGCGCCCCGUCCUCUGUUGGAAUGCGCUACUGCUCAAGAGGCGCAAAUGACCUUGGGAUGCUCGCCACGCAGUGCUGACCUGUUGUUCUUAGUGCUCGGAUAACGCGUUCAACGCGGCCGGUGCAGCCAGGCGC